CCGCUCAUUCUUUGCUUUGUCGCACGAGCCACCACUCCUAUCCAAACCAAUUCAUCCUGAGGAUACAGAACCAGGCCCGGAGAAAAGAGGAGAAUACGCUGAAAAGGAUGAGACCGUACUGAGAGAGCCUAUCUACAACUAGAGGCCGCAAGAAUAAGGUUCAACCAAUGGAGGAUAUGGACGACAGCAUUUCAUCCGCUGGGUUCGAGCCUCUCUUCAUCCAAGAAGAGGCCGGGGAUCCAGACAGAACCCUCAUUGUUCAGAGAGAGCGCAGCACGCCACAGUCGGAGCUCCCCUUCCCAGGAACACGGCUCAAUCCAUCAUCUUUAAUCAGGCCCUACCUACACGAGAUGGACGACUUGCUGAAGAGCUGCGAGGACCUCACAGGAAUCCCUUUUGUCUCGCGCUUCUCUGAAGGCUACACAGAAACAAGCCUGAGCAAAUCAACUCACGGCUGGAGCGAAGAGGAGGUCACAAUGGAGAGCUACAGAGAGACAAGUGUAUCUCCUCAUGCCUAUCUUUCCACAAGCUACAUGGACACACACAUGGAUGGGGCUGAAGCAGACGAGCAGCCAGGGCAAGGGCAGUUGCAAGGCAUGGACACCAUCCUCAGCAAGAGAGAAGUGUCUCCGCAGCCAGAAAUGCCUCUUACCUCAGCCGGCAGCAAACUUAGCAAUGCUAUGGUGCAGUAUGAGGGCCAGCUGCUGGGGAUGUUGUCCAUGCUGGAAAGCUGUAUGGAGGAGGCCGGGAUGGACUUUGAGCCACAGGACUGGGCGACAGAUGCAGGUCAAGAAUAUGUGCACAUCAGUAAGAAUCCUCAUCUUCACAGUGGGACGACACUGGUGCCCAUUCAGCAGAAGAUGCCAGUGAAGCUGGAGAACCAGCCAACGCAGAGAGAGCCCAGGGCUGUUGAACACGCAGAGGGAGAUUCAGUCUCCGAGGACGGCAGCAGUGGAAUGACAGUGGGUUCAACAACCAAUGAAAGCCGGCAGAAUCACUUGCUUUGUUGUGAAAACAUGGCGGAAAGUCUGGAAAGGUCAAGAAUAAUGGAUCAGGGGUUUCUUGAUCAACAUAUAAGUUCUUUAAGCCCAUCAGGCUCAUCAGAUUGUAACGAAAAUGAUCCAUUGUACUGUGAAGGGACAGAGACACAAUACAUGUCUCACGAAAGCACAGAGAGACAGGUAGACAUAUCUGAGACCGAAGUCGUUGACACUGAAAUGCCAGCUGAAGAGAGACGAGAGCUCACAAUGGACACCAUAUUUCUGAGUACUGGUAGGUAUGAAUUAGGGGAGCUGGGUUCUCAGAUGGAGGAGUGCAUACAGGAAGUGCAGCGCUUAGAGGAGAAGAGAAAGCAGCUGUUGGCGGAGGUGCUCAAAUUGAGAGGGAAUAAAAACAGAGAGGAAGAGGCAGAGUGGAGCAAUGAUGAGGAAGAAGUGACAGAAGAGCAAAUGGACAGCAAAGUGGCGGAGCUGAUGGAUAUACUGAAGAGUGAGGAAGAAGGCAGGAGGGAGGAGAGAAAGAAGGAGAUACAGAGCCUCAGGGAGGAGAGAGCAGAAGAGGAGAGGAGGAUGUGGAAGGUCAACCUGGAGAGACAGGAGCUGCAAGAUGAGCUCAGGAAGCUGAAAAUGCGGCUCUUUGCCAUGGUCAGGGCGUGUACCCACAGUCAGGCUUCUCUGAACAACCAGCGCCGCGAGGUGGAGCUGCUAAAGAGAGAGGAGGAGAAGCUGCAGUCGCUGGUGCUCCAGCUGACGGAGGAAAGCUGCCACCUCAGGUCGGACAAACAACAGCAGCUCUUGCAACUACAAACACAGCGACAGGCCCAGACCUCCAGUCAGAACUCCAACGCCCAGCAGGAGCUGACCGAGUGCAGGAGGCAGUCCUGUGGGGACAUCCAGCAGUAUUUGCAGGGUGGACUAAGAGCCCUGGAGAACAGGUACGAACCCAUUUUGCUGGCAUUGCUGAAGAGGAGAGAGGCCACAGCUGGAGCUCUGGUGAAGGCUAAAGAGCAGGCCCAGGAACUGAGGGCACAGCUGAGACCCCUGAGCGAUGAGAUCCAACAGUUGAAGCUCCGCAGGGCUUGUUUGGAGGAGAAACUCAAAAUAAUCUGCAUACACCGCAAAGAGGAUGCAGGCCGCUACAAGGAGACAGUCUACUUUCUGGAGGAGAGCAGCAGGGAACUGAAGACUGAGUUCAAGAUUCAGAAGAAGAAAACCAAAGACAUAGAGGAGAUGAGAGACAGACUCACAAAACAGCUCCGGCUUUGCAGGGCUGCCAUUGAAGACCAUAACGAGUGUGAUCAUGAGCAGGAAACAUGACGUUCUUUAAAUGAGCAAACCUGUGUGCAGUUCUGUGAUUUAAUAACAAACUGAUCAUAUUUUUUU